AGAGGCGCAGGACCGGCGAGCUCUGGCGUCAGGGAUUCCGAGACCCAGCCGCCCGGGCGAUGCGUUACGAGUUCGCGGGUCUUUGCUGGACGCGCGGGUGUCCUCAGGGGCGCAUAGGCGCAGAAUCGCGUCCGAGGUCGCAGACUGGCUGGGCUGGCUGGGGGCGGAGGCCAGGGGCGGGGACUGGAGGGGGGCCCGCACUUUGCGGUCAGGGCCGGGAGCAGCCGAGCUCCUCUGCAACCUAGCGCUCGGCACAUGGAGGCUUCCUCGGAGUUCGGGCCCGGGCCCAGAGGCACCUCGGCCACCACCGACCGGCGCGGGCUGCGCUGCCCGCUGUUGUCCGGUUUCCGAGAGGAGCUGCAGGCUCUUCUGGUCUUGGCUGGUCCCGCGUUCCUGGCCCAGCUGAUGAUCUUCCUGAUCAGUUUCAUCAGCUCCGUGUUCUGUGGCCACCUGGGCAAGCUGGAACUGGACGCUGUCACACUUGCAAUUGCAAUUAUCAAUGUCACUGGCAUUUCUGUGGGACAUGGCUUAUCUUCUGCUUGUGACACCCUCAUCUCGCAGACUUAUGGGAGCCAGAACCUGAAGCACGUGGGGGUGAUCCUGCAGAGGGGCACACUCAUUCUACUGCUCUCCUGCUUUCCCUGCUGGGCACUCUUCCUCAACACCCAGCACCUUCUGCUUCUCUUCAGGCAGGACCCAGAUGUGUCCAGGCUUACUCAGACCUAUGUCAUGAUCUUCAUUCCAGCUCUUCCUGCAGCCUUUCUUUAUAUAUUACAAGUUAAAUACCUGCUCAACCAGGGAAUCGUUCUGCCCCAGAUUGUGACUGGAGUUGCAGCCAACCUUGUCAAUGCCUUUGCCAACUAUGUAUUUCUCUAUCAGCUGCACCUUGGAGUGACGGGUUCUGCGCUGGCCAAUAGCAUUUCCCAGUUCACCCUGGCUCUUCUCCUCUUUCUCUACAUCUUUGGGAGAAAACUGCAUGAAGCCACGUGGGGAGGCUGGUCCCUCGAGUGCCUGCAGGACUGGGCCUCCUUCCUGAACCUGGCCAUCCCCAGCAUGUUCAUGCUGUGCAUUGAGUGGUGGGCCUACGAGAUCGGGAGCUUCCUGAGUGGUAUCCUUGGCACGGUGGAGCUGGGAGCCCAGUCCAUUGUGUACGAGCUGGGUGUCAUUGUGUACAUGGUCCCUGCAGGCUUCAGUGUGGCUGCCAGCGUCCGGGUAGGAAAUGCGCUGGGUGCUGGAAACAUUGAACAGGCGAAGAAGUCCUCAGUGGUCUCCCUGUUGGUCACAGAGCUCUUUGCUGUAACCUUUUGUGUCCUGCUGUUAAGCUGUAAGGACCUUUUGGGAUACAUUUUCACUACUGACAGAGACAUCAUUGUUCUGGUGGCCCAGGUGGUCCCAAUUUAUGCUGUGUCCCACCUCUUUGAAGGUCUUGCUUGUACAAGUGGUGGCAUCCUGAGGGGAACUGGAAACCAGAAGGUUGGAGCCAUUGUUAAUGCCAUUGGCUAUUAUGUGAUUGGUCUUCCCAUUGGGAUUGCACUGAUGUUUGCCACUGAGCUUGGAGUUAUCGGUCUGUGGUCAGGGAUCACCAUCUGCACUGUCUCUCAAGUUGUGUGUUUUCUGGUCUUCGUUGCUCAGCUCAAUUGGAAACAAGCCUGUCAGCAGGCCCAAGUCAAUGCCAACUUGAAGGUAAAUAUGGCCCCGAGUGGGAAUUCUACUGCCUCUCAGGAUCCAGAUUACUCAGUGAGUCCUGAAAACCAUGGAGAGAUUUUAAUGAGAGAUACUGAAAAAAAAGAGGAGACUCUGUCAGAACAACAGAUACACCAAGAACAACCUUUGCCCACCCACACGAGAGACAAUGGCAAAUUGUCUGGAAGACAGCUGGUGCUCCGGCGAGGGCUCCUGUUCCUCGGGGUCCUUUUAGUCUUGCUCAUAGGAAUUUUAGUGAGAAUAUAUGUCAGAAUUCAGUGAUGUGUGUGAGAAAUGCAUUCACUUGUCUACACCCAAAGAAUGGACUUUUAGGGACAAUUCCUCAUUCUUGCAAGAAUGGGGUGCCAACCCAACAGACUGACACCACCAGAGGAAUUUCAGUGAGCAAUUUAACUCCUCCUCUCCUUAUACAAAAUCCCCUCCUCCUUUCCUCAUUGGCAGAAUACUCGGGUAGGCGGGCCUAACUUCCUUACCCUGCUCCCUCUGUAAGCGAUUUGUGAGUUUCUAAAAGCAAAUGAUUAAACUACAGGGGGUCACUUCCUUAACUGCUAUUGCUUUUCCAGAAUUAGCACAGAGUUCCAUUCUUAAUUAUUUACUUUCUUUUGCAUUUGUUCAGAAACCUUUUCAUGACUUCAAUAGAACAUUUUAAAUAUUUGUAGUUCAAGUGAGACAGAUAGGGUUUACUUACCUUCGGAGAAGCCCAUCAGAAGGUGAAAA